AUGAUUGAAAAUAGUGAGAAUAUACUUGAAUUUCCUUUACAAUUAAGUAAAACAUGUUUAUUAAGUAUUCGCGAUGAUAAUGCAUUUAUAUCGCCAAUAGCUAUUGAAAUUGCAUUAUCAUUGAAUCAUAAGAACUUGAAAAAUAAUUUCAAUGAAAAAUUUCCAUUUAAUUUUUAUAAUUAUUUUAUUGUAAAUCAAGAUUCGAUUACAAAAAUUCAUGAAAUUCAUAAUAACGAAACGAUCAAAUCGUUUAAUACAGAACUUAUAAUUUGUAACUUAAAUGAUCUAGAGCAAAGAAAAUUGUUUUUACAUCAAAUUAUAAAAAAUUUAAUUGAUCAAUCAUUAAUAACUACUGCACCAUCACAAAAAAUUCUUGAACAAAUUCUUGUUGAACCGAUAACUUUAUUAUCAUGCUCUUCAUUCAUUUUUCAGCCAUUUCAACCUGAACACUGGGAACAACUUUGGUCAUUGAAAUUUCAUUCAAAUAUUCAUUUAUCAAUCGAAACAGAAUUUUAUUUUACAAAAGGUUUUUUUCAUGUUGCUUUUCAUGAUUCAUUUCAUAAAAUUGAAAUACCUGGUCAAAUCUUCAAUGGAAUUCAAACGAAACUGAUUAUUUUACUUCCACAUUGUUCAUCCGACCUUGUGCAUAUCUAUGCAAAUAUAAAAGAAUAUCUUCAUGCUCCAGUUUUGUCAGCAUACAUUGGUGUAUGUAUACCAAACAUAUCCAUGGAUAUUCAUAUUAACCUAAUAGAAUCAUUGAAACUUUUAAAUGAUUUAUAUAGUAAAGACAAUUCACAUGAAUUAAAUCAAGAAAUUCAUUUAGCCUCUGCGCAUUGCCUAGGUCAUUUUAUUCUUGAUAUGAAAACAGAUAAAUUAAAACGAUCAACAACAUCAUCGAAUUGCUUUCAUUCAAUUGAUAUUUCACCGACAGCUCCAUGGGUACUUUUUGUCAAUCGUCCCUUUCUAUUUUUAAUUGCACAUGGUGAUGAUUAUUUAUUAAUUGGGCAUAUGUUAGGCCCGAAGAUUAGUCAAGAUAAAAAAAGCUAA